AUGGAAAGUAAAAUACUCUCGACUAAGACAGAAAUUGUUUGGAGAAGCGUCCUAGUAAUACUUUAUCUUCAUCUUGCAGCAAUUUUUGGAUUAUACUUUACAUUGUUUAAAGCAAAAUGGCAAACAAACGCCUUUAAUCUUGCUUUUGCCUUUUGUGCGGGUCUUGGUAUAACAGCUGGAGCGCAUAGAUUGUGGUGUCAUAAAUCAUAUAAAGCAAAACUACCUCUGCGCAUUCUUCUAGCAAUUUUUAAUUGUAUGGCAAUGCAGACUAGCAUUUACGAAUGGUGCCGAGAUCAUCGAAUGCAUCAUACAUUUUCAGAAACCGAUGCUGAUCCUCAUAAUGCCUCUAGAGGAUUCUUCUUCUCUCACGUAGGGUGGUUGAUGGUGAGAAAACAUCCUGAAGUAAUAAAAAAAGGAGAGAACGUCUACUUCGAUGAUAUCCUAUCCGAUCCCGUUGUAAGAAUCCAGAAAAGAUUUUACAUCCCGUUAGCUUUCUUACUGGGAUUUGUAAUUCCAAUCUGCUUACCCAUCCUGUGUUGGCAAGAAGCAUCUCUAAGCUCCUAUCAUGUCUGUAUGUUGCGAUACGUAGUUUUACUGAACUCCACCUGGUUUGUAAACAGUUUAGCUCACCAUUAUGGUCAGAGACCUUAUAACAAGCACAUAAAUCCCAGAGAAAAUUUAUUAGUAUCCUUGCUGGCUAUCGGUGAAGGUUUUCAUAAUUAUCAUCACACUUUUCCAUGGGAUUAUUCUACUAGUGAGUUGGGUUGGUUUUUCAACUUCAGCACAUUCUUCAUCGAUAUGAUGGCCGCUAUCGGUUUGGCAUUCGAUCUGAAGACCGUAUCUAAAGAUCAAAUUCAAAAAGUAAAAGAAAAGUCACAAAAAAUUUCAAAAAAUGUUUCCAAUCAGUAA